AUGGAAACAUUAAAGUCAUAUACGGACGAAGUGAAGGACACAAUCAUUGAUGCCUUGAAGGCCAAUUUGAAAGGUGUCACUGACCUCACUUCUGUAGUAGAGAACGAGGAGGAUGAAAUAUUGGGUGAGAACAAUUCCAACCAACCUUGUGAGAAUUCUGUUUCAAGUGGACAGGAAAAUAAAGAUGAUAAUUUGUGUGAGCGUGUUGCAUCCCUUGAACUAUCAAUGAUGGAAGUUGUUGCUUUUAUACGAGAUGAGAAAUUGAGGAGAGCUCAAAAGAACAAGAAAAAUGAAGCAAUAGUCGAUGAAGAUCUUAUUGCAGUUGAUAAGUACUUUGCAGAAGAAGUUAAUGAACAGGAUGAAAAAAGAGAAGAGGAGAAACUGGAAGAGAACGAAAAAGAAAUUGAAGAGAAAUCAAAAAGAAGGAAGAAGAACAAAAAGAAGAGGAGAAGAUCGAAGAGAACAAAGAACAAGAAAAAUAAAAGGAGCAGAUCGAAUUGCAGGAAGAAGAAGAAAAAGAACAGGAGAAGCUGGAAGAGAAAGUAG